AUGGAGGUAGCAGGGACAGCACCAAAAGGCAACUUUUCUAUCCCCGGACCGAUGUUCAUACCCAGUACGCGGGGUACUUACUGCGGUAUAUGCGGCAUGUGGAUCACGCAAGAGGAUGAGGACACGGAUACGGUAUUCAACCCGAUCCAACCACCGCAGGAUACAGAGGAAGACGAUGAUGAGGAUGACGGUAACGGUGAAGAAGAAGAAGGGUCCUCACGCCGACGUUUUGGAGAGCUACCUAACCCGGGCUGGACGUGUUUCUAUCGUGUGAUAAUCAAGAAUUCAAAAAAGAAGUCCCGCAAGCAACCGCAGUACCACCUGUCGGGCAUCGGCCGAUAUCACCUGUGGGACCACGAAUCCGAAGCACGGCUGAUGUAUGAGGAGCAAUGCAACGAGCCUGUCUUCGCCGUUCCGUGGGAUCGAGACGGGGCCAUCGUCAACGUUUCCCAGCUAAUGACGGAGAAAAUUGACAAAGAACCAAAUACCUCAGCCAGCAGAAUGAUUUGCGUCUACCCAGCCACAUUUUACGAUGAUCUGUACCAAGACAAGUACCCACACGGCUUCCCCAUCCACGCGCACUGCUGGGCCCUGGCGGAACGGAUCAUCGGGGAGAAUGCAGAGAAAGACCUGGAAUUGCUUGUCUGGAUCCUCCAGCAGCGGUGGGAGGAUGAGCAACUGCUGAAGGAGAGCCGGUUGAUGACCGACUGGCUCACGGAACGCAUAUGGCAAAGCAACGUGUCCGAGUUCGAGAUGACUCGGAAUCUCAUCGCGGUGCGGGACCCGCUUGCCGUGCAGGAGGCCUUUGAUCUGAUCCGGCGGAGUGGGCAGGUAUAUGCUGAUAGGGUUGAAAUGGAUGCUCUGAUAAGAGGAAUGAAGGCAUUGAACACGACCACGACGACGAAGGCUCAGGAGAAGGCGAAGAAGACCUCUACGCUUGCCCUCAGCCUGCCAGGUGAGAUCCUCUCGCUGGUGCUAGACCGUCUCCACCAUCGGGACAUCCGGCGCGCGCUGGAAGCGACAGGGUGGCAGAUCCCAGAUUCGUACUGGCGGUGCCGGCUGCGACAGGGGUUAAUCUUCGAGCUCGACGACGUGGGUCCGGACGCGCAUCUGGACUGGCAGUUCCUGUGCCUGGAGGCCGAGCAGCUGAUGGAGGAAUCGUUCGGGCUGAUGAACCGCCAGCGGAUCUGCAACGCAUUGGAAGAAGUCAAGCAGAAGCUAGACUUUUUCCUAUCCAUUGUGGAGACGUCGCCGGAUAUGAAGAAUGCGGAGAUACUGUUUUCUGACGAGGAGGACGGGGAGGAGGAUGAGCAAGGGUCAGAGUGGGAGCAGCCAGAGUUCUGGGACCAGGAACAAGAACCAGAACACGGGGGCGAUGGGGAAGAGUGGGACGACUAA